AUGUGGGGUUGGACAAAUGUGGGCUCAGGACUCUGUCUUCUCCAGCUCCCAGGUGUCUGAUUCCUAAAGACCACAGUGAGUCAAAUGAGACCAACAGAGGGACAAACUGUGGUCUAAUUCCCUCAUAGCUCAUGCCCAGAAGAAGGAACCUUAGAGUUCAGGAACACUUUCAUUUUUGGUCAUAACCUCUUCUACAUCUAUGAGCUGCCAGUGAAGGACCACUACAUCAUUUACAUGGAAAGAGUUCCAUUUAAGAAAAUAUUCCAAGAAGGACAUCUCAUAGGAAAGUAUCCAGAAGAAAACCUGGAGGCCUUGGAAGAAUUCAAGGAAUUCAUACAAUACAAAGGACUUCUUCAAGAAAACAUUAUUGUGCCUGAGCAGAGGGAAUGUUGUGUCCCCAUAUAUGACAGUGCCCACCAGGACCACAAAUGUUGA